AUGAAUGCCAUCGAGAAGCCAGCUCAGACCGCCCACAAUCCCAAUGAUGACGAUGUGGAUCAACAAGAUCUGAAAGCUCGUGAGAAGGCGCUGGUUUGGAAACAGGACCUGCGUAUCCUUCCACUGAGCGCUGGGAUCUAUCUUCUUUGCUAUCUUGAUCGAUCCAACAUCGGAAAUGCGAAGAUCCUGAACGUGGACACGGGCAAUGAUCUCCUCACAGAGACCAGCAUGACCUCCUACGAGUUUACUAUUGCCCUUAUGGUUUUUCUCAUCGCAUAUGCCCUGUUCGAAGUCCCGUCGAACUACCUCCUGAAGAAGCUCAAACCAAGCCGCUGGAUUGCGUUCCUCAUGCUGUCUUGGGGAGCAAGCACGAUGGGUUUGGGUGGCACACAUAAUUACACUCAGGUGACCGGGAUCCGCUUUUUGCUAGGAGUUAUGGAAGCAGGUCUCUUCCCGGGUCUCGUUUACUUCCUCACCUUCUGGUAUCGGAACUCAGAGCGCUCGUUACGCGUUGCCUUGAUUCUAGCAUCGGCCACUCUAGCUGGCGCCUUUGGUGGCGCUAUUGCGUACGGAGUCGGGCACAUGAACCAAUUCCAUGGUCUAUCUGCCUGGCGCUGGCUGUUCGUCAUCGAAGGUGUACCGUCCUGUGCCUCUGCUGUUCUAGUUUGGUUCCUUCUUCCUGACUACCCGGAAUCGGCGUCGUGGCUCAGCCCUGAGGAAAAAGAGCUGGCUGCACAGCGACUCCAGAUGGAAGGCUCAAAGGGAGCAGCGCAAGCCAUGACCUGGGAAGAUGCCAAGGGUAUCCUGACUAAUUGGCGCCUCUAUGCCCAUUAUGCAGUGUAUUUCGGCAUCUCGGCUCCAUUCUCCAGUCUGUCGCUCUUCACACCAGCUAUCACCAGUGGUCUUGGAUAUGUAAACCUGCAGGCCCAGCUCAUGACCGUACCACCAUGGGCGGUCGCCUACGUAGUGACAACGGCGGUAUCUUGCCGGGGUCUUCAUUCGGCUCUUUUCUCCUUCAUCGGAGCCAUGGGCUUCCUGGCCUCUGCUGUGCUUCCAGCGGACGCAUAUCUGCAUCGAUACGGCUGCCUGAUCGUAGCUACCAGUGGCUCAUUUGCCUGUAUCCCACCCUUACUAGGUUGGCUGUCUGCCAAUCUCCGCUCCACCGCGGGGACCGGUCUAGCGAUUGCGCUGAAUAUCUCAUUCGGAGCACCGGGUCAGAUCGUAGGCGUAUGGAUUUACAAAUCCAACGAGGCGAAAAAAGGGUAUCCUACGGGCCACUGGACUAAUGCGGCGUUGCUUCUGUUCGUCUGUGUGGGGUGUCUCGCAUUGCGACUAUACUAUGGAUGGAGGACUCAGCGAAAAACGGUCGGGGAACGAUUUGCAUAUUAG